AUGGGCUCUUGCAUCUUUCGCGAUGCUCGAGUCAAACGUCCAACCCCUCGGGGUGUCCGAAGCGGGAAGGCGGCGAAGAGGGCGAGAGCCGAGAAAAAGUUUGUGCCUUUUGCCCUGAUCAACGCCAGAUCACUAAACAAGCGAACGAAUGUCAUCUCCCAUCAUCUCAUCACCCAAAACAUUGGCCUACUGGCCGUGACAGAAACUUGGCUGAACUCGGAUAGUGGUGACGGUGACUUAUUGAACGUCUGCCCGGCUGGUUACUCUGCUGUGCAUUCUUCCAAGCUCACAAAGCGUGGCGGCGGCCUUGCUCUUUUUCACCGCGAUUCCAUCCGCGCGGAAGUGGUUGCAACGAGAUUCUUCCGCAAUUCAUUUGAGCAUAUGGUCGUCCUACUGCGUCUCAACAGUAUUUGUAUUCGCCUCGUCAUCCUGAUUGUUGUUUCGGGUGGCAAGCUUCUCAUCGUAGGUGACUUCAAUAUACACACUGAUGUAGGAGCUAAUCCCACGGCCAUCAAAUUUCAAUCCAUCCUUCACCUAUCCGGCCUCUCUCAGCACGUUCACGGUCCAACUCAUCUCGAUGGUCACUCGCUCGAAUUGGUCAUUUCUCGUAAAUCUGACAAUGUCGUAACUGAUUGUUCAGUCUCUUACCUGAUUUGCGACCACUUCGCCGUCCAUACUUUCGUCAAAGCUUGCGGUAUUCCUCGUCCACGUAAGAAGAUUACCUAUCGGGAGCUUCACAACAUCAACGAGGAGAAUUUUCUCUCUAAAAUGCUCGCUCUUCCACUUUUCACAGCUUCGGCGCCCGACAUCAGUGAUCUUCUCAUCCAGUACAACGAUGGCCUGUCAUCGCUGCUUGAUGCUUAUGCACCUGUGCGGACAAAAAUGGUAACAGUCAGACCUUCUAACCCAUGGUUGACUCAAGAGGUGAUGGAUAAGAGACGCAAUGCGAGAGCACGUGAACGGUGGUGGAGAGAUCGAAAGAAGAAGGGCACCUCGCUCGAAUCAGAUCGUUACCUGGUGAGACACUGCAACAAGGAGAAGCGCAGAGUUCUGGAUAGCGUGAAAGCGGCCCACCUAAAUCAAGAAAUCAAUAAAGCACUCGGAAAGAAAUCGCUCUUCAAGGUGGUUGAUUCCUUUCUCAUCAAGAAACCGGGCCUUUAA